AACUGUGACCCGAAGGUUUCCCUCUGGGGGGCAGCUUGGGUUGGUAAAGUGGUUUGGUUUUAAUGGUUCAUCUUCAGGUGGGAAUGUGAGGGUGGGGUUUCUUGAAGAAAGUGGUGGUCGGUGUGAUGUUUUUGAUGGUGAUUGGGUCUGGGAUGAGAGCUAUCCACUGUAUAAUUCCCAAGAUUGCUUGUUUGCAGAUGGUGGUUUUCGGUGUUUGGAAAAUGGUAGGCCUGACAGUUUCUACACUAAAUGGCGCUGGCAACCUAAAUAUUGCAACUUGCCCAGGUUUGAUGCAAAGAAUAUGUUGGAAAAACUGCGUAACCGCAGGCUGGUAUUUGUUGGAGACUCAAUUGGAAGAAACCAAUGGGAGUCUCUCCUCUGCAUGCUUUCUUCUGCUGUUCGUAAUAAGACUAAAAUAUAUGAGGUGAAUGGGAACCCAAUCACAAAGCAUUCAGGGUUCCUAAUUUUCAGGUUCAAGGAUUACAACUGCACCAUUGAAUACUUCAGAGCUCCAUUUCUAGUGCCUCAGGGCCGGGCGCCUGCUGGAGUUCCGGAGAAGGUGAAGACUACGUUACGAGUGGAUCAACUGGAUUGGAGCUCCCUACAGUGGAAAGGUGCAGAUGUGCUGGUUUUCAACAGUGGACAUUGGUGGAAUUAUGAGAAGACCAUUAGAGUGGGUUGUUACUUCCAAGAAGGGGAAGAGGUGAAGAUGGAGAUGAGUGUAGAAAGUGCGUAUCGGAGGUCAAUUCAGACACUGGUGGAUUGGGUAGGUCGUGAAGUAGAUAUGAACAAGACUCGGGUCUUCUUCCGAAGCUAUGCUCCUGUACACUUCAGCGCUGGGGACUGGAAGACUGGUGGUAGGUGUCACCUGGAGACAAUGCCGGACCUGGGUUCAUUACCAGUUUCGUCUGAAACAUUUGGUCAACUAAAAGCUGUUUCCGACGUGGUAUCAGAACAUUUACAGAAGUCAAAUGUAACGCAAAUGGAUGUAUUAAAUGUGACCAGUUUGACAGCACUGAGGAAAGAUGGCCACUUGUCUAUAUAUUAUUUUGGGCCAAACAACGGAAUUGCUCCUCUCCACCGACAAGACUGCAGUCACUGGUGCCUGCCUGGUGUUCCUGAUACAUGGAAUGAGCUUCUGUAUGCACUCUUCCUAAAAGGGGAGUACAAUCGCAUACAAAAUUCAAAUUCAACGCAAUCUGCUCCUGCUCCAGUGUGAUUGGUGGAGAUAGCUUGUUACUACGACAGAAAUUUUAAAGGAUGCCAAACAUAUUAGAACCUUUGCAAGUGCCUGAAACUAAUACAAUGAUUUCAACCUGCUGGUUUCACCAUACUUGGCUUUAUUUUAGUAGAUACAAAACAGAGAGUUGGCUGCUUUCAUCAUACCUGGCCCGAGCCUGUCUGGUUUUCCCCACCAACCAAGAACUUCCAUUGUACAGCUCUGCUUAACCUUGUAUAGGACAGAAGUCUCCUUGUUCUACUUGGUGAUAAACAGUCACGACUCGUGCAAAGAAGUGACCUGCAUUGAUCAGUCCAGCAAUGAGCCUGCGCUUAAUUAUUAAAGAGGAACUAUACUUGAGAAUUUUUGCGGUUUUUGGAUGAAAGACAGGUUUUGGGCAGCAAAUUCUUCAUAAUCAGGUGAUGCUGAUGAUUUAUUUUAUUAGAAUCUCUUAAUUUUAACUUUUGUAUAGGCAGAUUCUUUUUGCUCUUUUGCAAGUUGUUAGCUGACAGGAAGAUACACAAAAGACGUUAGAUUGUGGUCAAAUAUUAUCAUUCAUCAAUGGAUAAGGAAAAUUAUAC